GUGUAUUUGUCCAUGCCAUUCCAGUUCAAGCUUUAAUUUGCGAAUGCACUUUACGAAUCCUAAUCCGUUUAUUGAUCGUAAAGGGCAGGGCGUAGAAAGCAAGGACACAGACGAGUGAUUUGGUAAAGUCGUUUUAAAGUGAUCGUACACUGGUAAAAGCAGAUUAGCCAUUCUGUGAUCGAUAGUACAGUCGCCAUUUGAGCGCCCUAUGUCAGAUAUUGUACUUAGCAGUUCUAUAUUGUUGUAUCCGCAGACACCAUGAGCACUUUUCAGUCGAAUUUCAUUGUGCAUAUUCUGUUAGCUUAUAUAUUUCUGAGCAGUGGAUUGGUGGUCAAUCUAUUGCAGUUUUUAGUUCUACCAUUGUGGUAUUUGGGCUACAGAGACAAAUACAGAGAACUAAUAUUGGAACUCAACCGUUUGCAUUGGUGCUUGAUACCUGGACUGGCACAAUGGUGGGCGGGCGUAGAGGUGUACAUGCACGCCACGCCCGAUGAUUUUGAAAAAUUCGGGCAUGAAACAGCCAUCUGUAUUAUGAACCAUAAAGGCCAGCUUGAUUGGAUAGUGAGCUGGAUCGUGUCAGAUUAUUGCAAUAUAUUAGGGAACGCCAAAUGCAUUGUGAAACGGUCGCUCGGUUAUAUACCUAUGCUAGGCUGGAGUUUUUGGUUCGCGGAAUAUAUUUUCCUCAAACGGAAACUGGAAAAAGAUCGGGCAGCGCUCGACUCCGGAUUUAGAAACCUAUGCACUUUUGCUCAGGACUUUUGGAUGUUAAUUUUCUGUGAGGGCACGCGCUGGACACCGGAAAAGUACAAGCUAGGGGUAAAGUACGCUGAAGAAAACGGCAUGAAACCGUUUAAGUACCACCUUGUACCACGCACGAAAGGCUUUAAUCUGAUGACACAGGGCCUUAAAGCUAGAGCGGCUGCACUUUAUGACGCUACGGUAUGUUUUCGUGCACGGACGGACCCCACGUUAGCAGGUAUGGUAAAUGGAGAGUCUAGCCGAGCCGACUUUAUUAUCCGGCGAAUUCCCCUCGGGGAAUUACCCGAUGACGAAACUGAGUCCUCCAACUACGUGCAUGACAUUUACCACGAAAAGGAUCGAGUGUGCGAGUACCACAAAUUUGGAGGGGAAUUUCACCGUAGCGAUUGGAAAUCCCCAUUUUAUAAAGGCCACGUGAUGAGAAAAAUUACUCCGAACACGAAGACAAACCUGACCCUAGCUAUGUGGAUCUCUCUCACGUUAUUGUCUCUUUUUUAUUACGUCAUAACCACGCUAUUGUUUGGGUCUUGGUUUCAAAUCGGCGUCAUCACUGCAGUCGCUACAUUAGUUACAGGUAUGUUCUACUUUAUGAUGGAAGCUGGAAAACCAAAGACGUCAUAAUCAGUGUUGCAAUUUACUUUUAAUAUUCGCGUCCGUAUAAUUGUACGCUACAACAAUUUCGUGCUGCAUAAAAUCAUUCUGUUUAAAACUGUUGCGAGUGUUUUAGAUUGACAAUUAAGUGCUAUUGUAAAGGUUAUAUCUUUUGUGUGCUUACAAAAAGAUGCGCGAAAUGUAGUUUA